GUCGCUUAAAAGCCCAAUCAUCUACGUGUUGUAAUAUGAUAAUUCAAUAGAAAUCAAUUUUAGUGAUCAAUUUUAAAUACAUCAGAAUUAUUUUACGAGAUUAUGUAAUAAAACUAAAACAUUUAUAUAUAAUUUAAGAAAAUAUUAAACCGAUUAUGCACUCGUAUACAAAUGUGCACGAUACUUUAUAUGAAAAUGAUGCUUAAUUCUAGUCCCUGAUUGGUUGACUCGAUACGGGGAAUGCGAUUGGCUAGUUUGAAUAGAAUCGGUUUUUAAAAAUGGACGUUUAUCUCGACUCUAGAAUUUAAUAUUUGUAAGCUUUGUUUACGGCUUGAUAACGCGCGUAUCGUCGCAGUGACGGGAUGCAGUAUUUGCCAGACUGUGAAUUCUAACAUUUCCGAGGUUAUCGACUCCGUUGCGCGUUGAAUUUUGACGCGCGACUAUGUAAGUGGUCUCCAAUGUGCAUGUGGCAAUAAAUCCUUGAGAAAUAUCGUGGGCUGUGUUUCGUUAGCCGAACGAAGCAAAUUGUCAAAUCUUCUUGCAAAGGUAUCCGAACGAUGGAGAAGUUUCAACACGUGAGAACGUUUAUAUCGGCCGCCCUGGAUUAUACCAAGCACCCCAGCGAGAGUGCCACGUCUACCAUACAACGGAGUCUUGGAGUGAUAAGUGCUUUGUUAGAUCUGAGCAUAUUUGACCCUGGGACCAGCUUGGCUGCUGAAUUUUACGUGAGUCUGUACGAGCUCAUGAAUUCUGUAAGCUCACGAUCCACUCUGAUCUGGAGUGCCAUAGACGUUUUACAAAAUGCUUGCCGAAAUAUACCUGCCAGGCAAUCGCUUAUUCAUACAUACAAAUUUGCACCACUACUGGCGAGAUUAUUAGAGGCGAAUCUAACAACAGAGAAAAGGACACGAGUGUUAAAGUUGCUUCAAGAAUUAACGUACGGGAUAAAAAUAACAUGGCAGGAAGCGCACCUUCCGCAUUUAAUAUCCACGUUAACUCAAUGGGUAGUACAAUCAAAGGAGGAGGAGAUCAUUGCACUUUCUCUGGGGGUGCUGGUGAAUUUGUGUUACAAGAAUCUCCCAGCAGUGUACACACUGAUGCGGACCAUCAAUACUAAAGCAUUCAUCAAAACGUUACUGAGGCUGCAGAAUAAUGUCAGUACCAGUGUGCAGUGUUGUAAGCUGCUGAUCAUACUUGAGCCGACCAAUGCAAACAUCUCCGAGAAGUAUAUCAUGGAUUUUGCAUCAGUGACUUUCAUCAAUCUCAGAUCAGCGAUGAAUCAGAAGGAUGUUUUAUUAUUGAGGCACAUCGUCGAUGUUUUUAACGACGUCGGUCAAAAUGACCAUUCACGAAGUGUUUUACUUAUGUAUCCAAAUUAUGACAAAGAUGUGGAGAGUAUACUGGCUGCCUUGGAAGAAAACACGGACCCAGAGUGCGUGGCUCUUUUGAUGGAAUUUUUAUUAUCGUUAGUGAAGCUAAAGAUAACUGCCCUGACUCCCUUAUAUUCUGCUUGCGUAAAGUCGGCUAUGAUAUGGGUGCCUGUGGAACAGGUGUGUUCCAAAGCUUUAGCGCUCAUAAGAACUGUGAUAAUCGAUUCCCGGCGUACUAAAACCUCUGCGGAGGUUUUGAGAGAGCUAGACCCGUCCGUUCUUAUGCACGUGACAAGUUCGGAAGACGGGACUAAAGGGCAGAGUGCGGGUCGAAAUGCGGAAUUGGAAAUGAGGCUAACCGAGUUGAUGCAAUUGUUUCACGAAAUGAUUAAAAUCCCUGAAUUUCGGAAAAGAAUCAUGCAGUCGUUCAACGAGCACGAAAUGCGGAGAUUAUUCAAACACGUGAUCGAUAAUGAAUUCUCCGGCACUGGAGAUUGGGCAGGGAACUUCAUCCAGAACGCUUCUACCAAUCUUUAUGUUCACGCGUUAGCCCUGACGGCGGACUUGGCAAUAACUCAUUCGAACUGGCUCACAUUAUAUUCGGAAUUGCUCAGUAGGAAGCAGGUGCAAAUGAUAAUAGCGCUAGCACUGUUCACUGGUGACAGAGAAGUGAAACAGAAGGUUCUGCAGUUAACGUCAUCGAUUGGAUUCCCGCAGGAGUGUGUGUCCGCAGUGGCGCUUUGCAUGAAAGAGCUCGAGUCCUUGGUAUUGGUACAGAGUACCGAUAGCAACGUGUUAGAAGUUGCAAAUAAGGCACCCCUGAAUUGCAUCGGGAACGAAAUGGCGCCGUUAUUUUCUAUCGCGCAAGAGGAGCGCCUUGACGCGUUCUUGGCCAAACUCAAGUCAGCCUUCGAGUCGAAUCAGAUAAGCGAUAUUCCGACGUCCGCCGUGAUGGAAUUAUACGAGUAUAAGUUAGCAGCGAUGAGGCAUUCAGACAGGGCAAUGCAAACGAGUCGGGAAGCCGCGAAUAAUCAUGCUACUAGUCUUCAACACAGAUUAGCGCAAGUAGUAGCCGAGUCUAGCAGAUUGCACCAGUUGCUGUUCGACACUCAGCAGUGCUUGGAAGGAAUAAAAGCUGAAAAAUCUAUAUUGACAGGAAAACUGGGCGAGAUGGAGGAUCAGUCCAAGAAAAUGCUUCUUCUGAAGAAACAAGAGAUCGAGUCGUUAAAGAAAAUUGUAGUGGAGAAAUCGACGCACAUGGAAGAAUUGAAUGACAAUUUAGUGCAAUGCACAAGGGAAUUGGAAGCUUGUAAUAAUAAAAUUGAUGCACUGAAUAAAGCGAUUCACGAGUUAGACCGCGAACGUUUAACCGCUGAAACGAAGAUUACGGAUAUGAGUAACAAGAAUCAUGAAUUGACUAAACUUUUACAAAUGAUGAACGAUUCUCUCAAUAAAAAUAAACAGAUUGUAGAAAAGAAGAACAUGGAGAUAGAAACGAAUCAAGCCGACAUAUCCGCGCUCAAACAAGAAAUUCAACAAAUGACGCAAAUGCUGCAAAAGAGGGAGCAAACGAUAUCCGAACAGGACGGAGACAUUAAAAAAAUGAAAACGGAAUUGGUAGAAUUGAGCCGCAUGCGAGAUAUGAUCUUCGAGCUUACUGCUAAAAACAAAGACUGAUUCGAGCUCAAGUUAGUAUCGCUCAUUUCUUACCUACUGAUGAAUAUGGUAAGUGCGAACGGAAGCGGCCGAACAUCAAUUUUAUACUUGUCUAAUAUUUUUAUGUGGACACGUUUUUAAGAAUUUUAUAUUGAAUUGUAUAUUAAUUACGACAGAAAAUAAAUAUUCUACACCGUUUGCAUCUUGAACAAUUUACCUCAAACAGCAAUAUCCAACAACUUUUAAUAUCAAAAUUUAUUAAGGGAACAGGUGAUAGAGGAACACAGUCGACGCAUUUGUAUAUAAAUAACUGAUUAUUGUACGCUUAUUGGUCAUUGCUUAUUAAACAUAAUCAUUACAUCCGGUUAAAAUUUCUGUGCAACUACAUGCUACGUAGGAUCUACCGUCGUGAUAUUUUCUCAUAAUUUUCAAAACGUGGUUACAUUACUCUGUAUAAUAUACUUUGCAAAUUAAUAUAUAUAAUUAAUAUAUUAUAUAAAUAUUCGCAGUUCUCGAAACAUCAGGUAGAGUAACGAUGUACACGUGACACGUAUAAUACGCGCAUGCGAUAUUCCAUAUGGUUAUCCUGCAAAUUAUCCUGCAAUGCUAGGUAUAAUCGUUAAUGAUUUCUACGCCAUGUUAUUAUGAUUUAUUUGGAGUGAAAUUUCUAUGAAUAAAUUAGCUUCUGUUUUCAAUUUUAAGAACGACUUACUCCCACAUGUUAAUUUUUACAAUCGGAAAUAUGUAUAUAUCAAUCGUACAUUAACACUGAAGAGUGUUUCAUUUACACCAUCACAUAGAAAUGAUCUUACUUAUCCUUUGGCAUUACGAGUAAAUAAUAUCAUUGUUUUAAAGCCAUAAAUUAAUAACGAAAUAUUUAACGAUAUAGUAAUAUGUCUUUUUUUUAAAAUUAUUAUAAAUAAAAAAAUAUACUUAAUAUAUAUUUUACAUGUAUCCUGCUAAUAAUUUUAAUUGCUUUUCUGUAAUCUAUCACCCAUCUAUCACCCAUCUAUCUUCAAAAGGUACGUAAUAUU